AUGGACAGAAGGAAAGUCUGCGUGCUGAUGGCGCUGUGGGCCGUUGCCCACCUCGGCUCUCCGGUCCACGGGCUCAGGGCCCUGCGGAGGACUACGGGGGGGCGUAGGGGGUCCGCGGGGCUGACGGGGCAGGACGCCAACGGAGUGCCGCUCCGGCGCUCCAAGCGCGGCUGGAUGUGGAACCAGUUCUUCCUGCUCGAGGAGUACACCGGGACGGACAUGCAGUACGUCGGCAAGCUUCACUCUGACUCGGAUCGCGGAGACGGGAGCGUGAAGUACGUCCUCACGGGGGAGGGGGCGGGGUCCCUCUUCAAGAUCGACGAGAACUCGGGGGACAUCCACGCCACCAAGAGGCUGGAUCGGGAGGAGAAGGCCUACUACAUCCUGCACGCCAAGGCCGUGAACCGCGUCACCAACGUGGCGCUGGAGGGUCAGUCCGAGUUCGUCAUCAAGAUCCACGACAUCAACGACAACGAGCCCCGGUUCACCCGGGACCCCUACGUGGCCCGGGUCCCCGAGAUGUCCGACAUCGGCACCUCUGUAAUCCAGGUGACGGCGACGGACGCGGACGACUCCACGUACGGCAACAGCGCCAGGGUGGUGUACAGCAUCCUGGAGGGGCAGCCGUACUUCUCCGUGGACCCGGAAACCGGCCUGAUCAAGACCGCCCUGCCCGGCAUGGACCGGGAGGUCAAAGAGAACUACCAGGUGGUGAUCCAGGCCAAAGACAUGGCCGGACAGAACGGCGGUCUCUCCGGCACCGCCACGGUCAACAUCGCCCUCUCCGACGUCAACGACAACCCGCCGCGCUUCACCAAGACCCUCUACGACUUCAGGGUGCCCGAGUCCAUCGAGCUCGGGUCCGCCGUGGGACUGAUCCGGGCCGUGGACGCCGACAUCGGCGAGAACGCGGAGAUGGACUACCGGAUCAUCGGCAGCGACGGCCCCGGCAUGUUUGACGUGACCACCAACAGGAGCACGCAGGAGGGCGUCGUGGUGCUGAGGAAGCCUCUGGACUUUGAGAAGAAGCGUCAGUACAGCCUCCGCAUCCAGGUGGAGAACGCCCACGCCAACUCACGCUUCUUCUCCGCCGGCCCCUUCAGGGACGAGGCCACCGUCAAGGUCACCGUGGAGGACGUGGACGAGCCGCCGGUGUUCGAGCGCGCCAGCUACGUCAUGGAGGUCAAAGAGGACACGGCCAGGAACACCGCCAUCGGCUCCGUCAGCGCCUCCGACCCGGACGACAAAAACAGCCUCGUCAGGUACUCCAUCGAUCGGCGCACGGACAUGGACCGGAUGUUCAACGUGCAUGCGGGCAACGGGUCCGUGUUCCUCCUCCGGGAGCUGGACAGAGAGGAGAACGCCUGGCACAACAUCUCCGUCAUCGCCACCGAGUUCAACAACCCGCGCCAGAUCAGCCGCGCGCCCGUCUACGUCAGAGUGCUGGACGUCAACGACAACGCGCCGGCGUUCGCCACCGGCUACGAGACGUUCGUGUGCGAGAACGCCAAGGCCAAUCAGAGGAUACAAACCGUGAGCGCCACGGACCCCGACACUCCGCUCGGGGGUCACCGGUUCUUCUUCAGCCUCGCACAGGAGGCUGCUGGGAAGGCCAACUUCUCUGUCCGCGACAACAAAGACAACACGGCCUGGAUCCUGACGCGCAGGAACAGCUACAACAGCCUGCAGAAGAGCGUGUACCACGUGCCCGUGGUCAUCUCCGACGGGGAGUACCCGAUGCAGAGCAGCACCAACACGCUCACCGUGCGGGUGUGCACCUGCGACCGCGAGGGCAACAUGAAGCUGUGCAACGCCGAGGCCCUCACGGCGAGGGCGGGCCUCAGCACGGGGGCCCUGGUGGCCAUUUUGCUCUGCGUCGUCAUCCUGCUCAUGAUCGUGGUGCUGUUCGCCGCCCUGAGGAGGCAGAGGAAGAAGGAGCCUCUGAUCAUCUCCAAAGAGGACGUCAGAGACAACGUCGUCAGCUACAACGACGAGGGGGGCGGCGAGGAGGACACUCAGGCCUUCGACAUCGGCACGCUGCGCAACCCGGAGGCCAUCGAGGAGAGCAAGCAGCGGCGGGACAUCGUGCCCGAGGCCUUCUACCCGGCCGCGGUCCGGCGGCCCGCGCCGCCCCCGAUCCGGGACCACAACGGGGACGUGAGGGACUUCAUCAACCAGCGGCUCCAGGACAACGACGGCGACCCGACGGCGCCGCCGUACGACUCCCUGGCCACGUACGCCUACGAGGGCAGCGGCUCCGCGGCCGAGUCCCUCAGCUCGCUGGAGUCGGCGACCACCGAGGGCGAGCAGGACUACAACUACCUGAGCGAGUGGGGGCCGCGGUUCAAGAAGCUGGCGGACAUGUACGGGGGCGACGACGGCGACAGCGACUCCUAA